CCGCUCGUCGGGGCGGCGCGGCGGUGAUGGGCGGCACGGCGCUGUCGGGAGCGCUGUGGCUGGGGCUGCUGUGGGCCGGGAGCGGGGCCGGGGGCAGCUGCCAGGGAAAAUGCUGCCAGGGCCGGGAUGCCGCCUGCGUCGGCGAGGGAUGGAGGGAGGGAGGUGGCUACGGGACCUGCUACUGCGACGGAGGCUGUCGGCGAGCCGGGGACUGCUGCCACGACCACGGCCAGGCGUGCCCGGCUAUUCCCUGUGUUGUGGGGGAGUGGAGUCACUGGAGUGGCUGUGCAGAACAAUGCCAUCCUGGGUUGCGGAUACGUAGGCGCUAUGUACAACAGGAACCUAAAAACGGUGGGGAACCAUGUCCAGCUCUGGAGGAGAAGGCUGGCUGCCUGGAAUACCUGACUUACCAGGGGGAGGACUGUGGCCAUGAACAUGUUCCUGCUUUCAUAACUACCUCUGAAUAUGGUAAAGAAAGAAAAAGACGAGCAGCAUCUUCUCUCUGGCCUUCAGACAAAGAAGCAGCAGGGUACUGUGUGGAGUUCAGGACAGAAUCUCUCUCACGCCACUGUGCUUUGGAGACGCGUCCGUACAGGCGCUGGAUGCAGUACCUGCGCGAGGGACACACCGUGUGCGUCGCCUGCCAGCCCCCGGCCAUGAGCAUGGACACGCAGCGCUGCUCCGGAGAUGGACACAACGCACAUGGAGAUAAAAUCUUACACUGGGAAGCAAUUGGCAACUCUCAGUGCCAAGGAACCUGGAAGAAGAUCCGACAGCUGGAACACUGUUCCUGUCCCCUGGUGCAUAGUUUUAUUUUUACAUAAAAGUUUAAAAGACCUUUAAAAUGGCAACAAAAAGAAUAAGAAAACUAACACCAAUGCCAAGAAAUCUACACCUUUCUGCUGCAUUUUCUGGAACCUUAGUAAAUUUUGAAUGAGUUGGAACUUCGGCAGAAGCAUUUCAGGAAACUCUCUCUGCCUUAAUACAAAAUGCUAAGACUGAUCUCUGUAUUAGAACACUAGAAGCAUGUUUCCAUGUUUCUCUUCUGUAAUUAAAGAGCUAAUGUUUCUAACCAUA